AUGGCGACGCACGCUUACCGGCUGUUCGCGAGCACGGUCCUCGCGGGGGUUCUUCUGGUAUGGCUGUACAGAGCCACGCACGUGCCGUCGAGGAGCAGCGGCGCCCGGUGGUGGGCGUGGCUUGGGCUCUCCGCGGCCGAGCUCUGGUUCGGCUUCUACUGGGUGCUGACGCUGUCCGUGCGGUGGAGCCCCGUCUACCGCCGCGCCUUCCCGGACCAGCUCUCGCGAAGGUACAAGGAAGAGCAGCUUCCUGGGGUGGACAUAUUUGUGUGUACAGCAGACCCCACUGUUGAGCCACCAAUGCUUGUCAUCUCCACUGUCCUAUCUGUUAUGGCUUACGACUACCCGCAGGAAGUUUGCAAAGCACUGGCUUCCAUUUUGCAAGAAGUACCAAGUGGAGCCCAGGAGAUGCACAAAGAUUUGACAGAUCGAGUGAACUCAGUCGUUAAUUCAGGGAAGAUCCCUGAUGUUUCAAAAUACAAGCUUAGGGGCUUCUCCAAGUGGAGCGAGAAUACAAGUUUUAGAGAUCACCCUUCAAUAGUUCAGAUUUUAAUUGAUGGAAACAAAAGAAAAGCAACUGAUGUUGAUGGAAAUGUGUUGCCCACACUGGUUUAUUUGGCUCGUGAGAAGAGACCUCAGGAACAUCGUCACUUCAAGGCUGGAUCACUGAAUGCUUUGAUAAGGGUAUCAUCAGUGAUAAGCAACAGCCCAGUCAUUAUGAAUGUGGACUGUGAUAUGUACUCCAACAAUUCAGGGUCUAUCAGAGAUGCAUUGUGCUUCUUCCAAGAUGAAGAGCAAAGUCAAGAUAUUGCUUUUGUUCAGUACCCUCAGAACUUUGAAAAUGUGGUGCACAAUGACAUCUAUGGCAAUCCCAUCAACUCCGUCAAUGAGAAGGGAGUUAGAUAUGGUUGCCCACUGGAGGAUGUCAUUACAGGAUUGCAGAUCCAGUGCCGUGGGUGGAGAUCAGUUUACCACAACCCGCCAAGAAAGGGGUUUUUAGGCAUGGCGCCGACCUCACUAGGACAGAUCUUGGUUCAGCACAAGAGAUGGACAGAAGGGUUCCUCCAGAUCUCCCUCUCAAAGUACAGCCCGUUUCUGCUAGGUCACAGGAAGAUCAGGCUGGGCCUUCAAAUGGGUUACUCCGUCUGCGGGUUCUGGGCUCUUAACAGCUUCCCCACCUUGUACUAUGUCACCAUCCCUUCACUUUGCUUCCUCAAUGGCAUCUCAUUGUUCCCUGAGAUAACCAGUCCCUGGCUUGUACCGUUUGCAUACGUUGUUGUGGCUGCAUACUCCUGCAGUUUGGUGGAGUCACGGCAAUGUGGCGACACUGCCGUAGAGUGGUGGAACGCACAAAGGAUGUGGCUUUUCAGAAGAAUCACCUCAUACCUCUUGGCAGCCAUCGACACAAUCCGCAGAAUGCUUGGCAUCACUGAGUCGGGAUUCACCCUGACAACGAAGGUGACUGAUUCGCAGGCCCUAGAGAGGUACAAGAAGGGAAUGAUGGAGUUUGGAUCCUUCUCCGCGAUGUUUGUGAUCAUUGCAACUGUCGCACUGCUUAACCUGGCAUGCAUGAUGCUCGGGGUGGCAAAAGUUUUGCUGCAUAAAGGCGCGAUGAGUUUGGGAGCUAUGUUUGUGCAGGCUGUUCUAUGUGCGCUAAUAGUAGCGAUCAAUUUCCCAGUGUACGAAGCACUGUUCCUCCGCAAGGACAGUGGCGGAUUACCAGCUUCUGUCAGUCUAAUUUCGCUCUGCAUUGUAAUGCCAUUCUGUAUACUGCCAACCAACUUGUACUUGUAA